CCCCCUUAGUCCCUGUCGGUAGCGGUGGAAGCGGCGGCUUGUCACCCUUUUUCCCCCCUUUCCCUCUUUUCUUCUCUUUCCCCUUUUCCCCCUUCCGCCCUUCCCUCACAGGGCGCGAGGAGGGAAAGGCAAAGACCAGCGGCGGAGCGCGAGGCCGGACCGAAGGAGGAGGAGCAGCAGCAGCAGCUGGAGGAGGGGGCCGCGCGUGCGCCCCCUUGAUCGGAGGAAAAGGGGGGGAGGAGCGGGUAGGAGCAGGUUGACGCGCGAGGGUUCGCAGCGCGAGAUACCCUUACGGCUCGGGAGUGUGUGUGGAGGUGCGGGGAGACGCCGCGGCGGAACGGCUCGCGCCUGAGUGACGGUCUCUUAGAUAUUCUGUUUCAAAUUAUGGAUUGAACCAACUCUUACCUGGUUUUAUUGAGAAGGAGAAAAAAUAUUGUAUAGCAAUACAUUGAACUUUACAAGUAGUUUGACCACAGAAGAGAUCAUCUACAUCAGUGUAAAUGAGUCAGAAUGGAUCAGGAAGGUGGGGGUGACUUCCAGAAAAACCCUAACUUCCAGUGGAGAAACUACAAGCUCAUUGUUGAUCCUAUGCUUAAGGAUGGCCCACACAAGAUCUACCGCUAUGAUGGAGUGCAUUUCAGCACUAACGAUUCAGGUCACACUCCUGUAAAAGCAUUGCAGGAUCCGAGACACAGGAAAUGGUCCAAAACCAGAGAUCUUUCUCUUCCAGUCCCAAAGUUUAAGCUAGAUGAGUACUAUGUGGGCCAGAUCCCUCUGAAGGAGGUGACUUUCGCCCGGCUCAAUGAUAACAUCAAGGAAACCUUUCUGUGUGAGAUGUGCAAAAAGUAUGGUGACAUUGAGGAGAUUGAAAUUCUGUAUAAUCCAAAGAAUGGUAAGCACCUGGGCCUGGCCAAGGUGCUCUUCACUAGCACAAGGGGGGCGAAGGAGACAGUCAAGAACCUGCAUAAUACUUCAGUCAUGGGCAACAUCAUCCAUGCCCAGCUUGACAUCAAAGGUCAACAACGUAUGAAAUAUUAUGAACUGAUUGUAAAUGGCUCUUUCACACCCCAGACUGUCCCAACUGGAAGCAAAAUGCUGAAUGAGAAGUUCUCAGCUGAUUUGUCAGAGUCUCGAAGACACCAUUCGGCCAAUUCAUUGUACCCGAGUAAUGCAAUGCCUACAACGCCUGGCAACGGCACCCCUUGUUCUCAGGACACUCCGUACUCCAGUGGCCGACAAGACACACCUUCUUCCUAUGGCCAAUACACACCACAGUCCCAGGGGACUCCAUAUACCCCUCGGGGAGGAACACCAUAUUCACAGGAUUCUGCUUACUCUAGCAGGCAAGGGACCCCAGGCUACUCAAACUACCAGCCAGAGCCAACAUCAUACAAAUCCUCUCGGCAUGAAAACAGCUUUUCAGACUCGUUCUUCCGUCGGCACUAUGCUCCAGCCUCAUCCUCUUCUUCAUCUUCCUCCGCUCACUACCGCAGUAAUGACCAUCAUUACCCCCCUUACAGUCAGCAGUUUAGUGGUGGUGGCGGUGGUGGCAGCAGCAGCUGUGUGUCCACCACCAGUGGUAGCCGAUACCAGCGCCUCUCAUCCACAGGGCGAUCUUCCUCCUCUUCCUCUCAUCGCUCUCAUCCAAGGGACGACUCUGGCUUCCAUUCCCGACACAGAGAACGCUCUCAACGGGAAGAUCCUACUCUUUCGUCCACUGUCACCACCACUACUCCUUCCACCUGUGUUGUCACUGCAGCUUCCUCCUCAUCUGUGACAACGGCAUCAGAAAGCAUUCAGUUCCAGAACAGUCAUGGCUUUGCCCAGCAGAGUGUGGAACACUUCCCAGCACCCAGUGUGAUCUACCCAUCCUACACAGCCACCCCAGAGUCCUUCUCUGUGCCUGCAGAACCCCACGCUGUGGAUCAGGAUUACCGGCUGCUCCCCACAGCAGAAACGUUUGCAGCCAACUCCCUGCCUCCUACAGAAUUUCUUGCUCAGGAAACUAAAGACAACAUUAGUCCAGCAGUGACCGUAGCUCCGGUGAUUGAUGACCGAUCCCAUUCUCCUGCUGUGCAGACCUCACCGGCCCGGUCUGGUUCCCCUGCCCCUGAGACUACCAAUGAGAGCGUACCCUUUGCUCAGCACAGCAGUUUGGACUCCCGCAUCGAAAUGCUCCUGAAGGAACAGCGGUCCAAGUUUUCUUUUCUCAAUUCAGACACCGAAGAGGAAGAGGAAGAGAAAGGUGGGACCAAGGGAACAGAGCCACAUGGCCCGUGCACUCCACCACCACCUCUUCCAGUCAGCUUUGAAGAUGUGGUGCCAGCCAUGGAUGUGGCAGCAAGGGACGAAUCCCCGAAGGCUAAUGGGCAAGACAGAGCAUCUCAGCAGUCUUCAGGAGAAGACAUGGAAAUUUCCGAAGAUGAAGCCGAAGUCGAGCCUCCAACUCCUGUGGCAGGGGUCUCUGACCCACAUUUUUCUGUUAUGCCAUCAGUUCUGGGUCACAUGCAGUUGGGGGUGUCCUCCUUUACUUCCCACCAUCAUCCAGAACCACCACCCUCUUAUCCAAUCCAGCCUCUCAUGUCUGUCUCCCUCCCUCACCUGGCGGGUAAAACCCAUUCACUUUCUAACUUUGGCCAAGUCGGUCCCCGGCUCGGUCAUCGCCUGUCCGAUUUCAGAGGACGAGCAAAUGUGGUGGGUGGAGGCCGUGGUGCUCCCCACAUCUAUGACUUUGUCAACUCCAUGGAGCUCAUGAACCGGCUUGGCAACCAGUGGGGUGGGAUGCCCAUGUCUUUCCAGAUGCAAACCCAGAUGCUGAGCCGCCUUCAGCAGCUGCGUCAAAGCAAAGGCCAGUAUGAGGACCCUUUCUCCUAUCACCGGGACGCGGCUUCUUUCUGUGGUCGUCCUCUGUACGGUGCUGGGUACUUACUGGAGCAGGACGGUCACCACUUCCAGCGAGACCAGCUUUUCAUGCAGCAGCCAUCAGCAGUUGGGACCUCAGAGCAGCAGCAACAGCAGCAGCCGCAGCAACAACAACAACAUUCCUCGGAGCAGCUGCCUCUCCCCCCUCCACAGAGGCUGCUUGAUUUCCGGACAGCUCCAUGGGGAUAUCAGGAAGAGCUGGCUCCGCUUCCACCACUUCCUGAAGAUCCACACGCCUCUGUAGUGGACAGUGUCCUUGCAACCCUCAUGCAGGAAAUGAAGAACAUUAUGCAGCGAGACCUCAAUCGUAAGAUGGUUGAGAAUGUGGCUUUCAACACCUUUGACAAGUGGUGGGAAUGCAAAGAGGAAAAAGCCAAGCCUUUCCAGAACACUGUUAAACAGCUAGUGAAGGAAGAGGAGAAGGACAAAACCAAACUGAAAGAUCCUGCCCUUCUGUCCCUAGUGGAUUGGGCCAAGAGUGGUGGGACAGGUGGCCUGGAGAGCUUUGGCUUUGGGACUGGCUUUCGAGGAGUCCUUGGGCUCCCCUCCUUCAAGGUGAAAAGGAAAGAACCCUCUGAAAUUUCAGAGUGCAGCGAAGUGAAGCAGCCUCGCCCUUCUACUCCUGCUGAAGAGGAUGAGGAAGAUAAAAAAUCCUUACAGAUACCCAAGACAUCCAAGAGGGACGAUGAAAGGAACAAAGGUCCAGGAAAGCGGCGAAAACUUUUUUGUCUGGACAGUGAAGGAGAGGAGGCAUCUGAGGACUCCUCCUCAGAGAAGGAGGAAGAGGAAGGGCGACGUGAAGAUGAACAUCGUGCCAGAGGACGCAGCAGAAAGAGGGAACAAUCUGAAGAUCGUGAUAGCGAUGGUUCAUCCAAGUAUUCACCUUACGAGGAGUCUGAUGAGGACAGUGACAGCACCUCUGAUUCCGAAAGCAGCUCUUCUUCCUCAUCCUCCUUGUCGUCUUCAUCAUCAUCUGAUGAGGAUGAUGUUGAAAGCAUGGAGGAAAUAGGGGAUUCUGCCCCAGAUAUCCAUCCAUCGGAGUCAUUGGGACGCACGGAAGAGAGAAUAUGGCCAGCAACAGACGUUGAGAUGGGCAAAAAGAAGUCAGAGGCAGCUCUGCUUCAAGGCCAUGUUGCUGAGGAGAAGCCUACUUUACCUCAGAAUGAUAUUUUGCUAGUCCCAGCAACAGAGGAGAAAGGUGUUUGGGCAGCCCCAGAAGAGCGAACACGGCAAGAAGAACGGCCUUUCUCGCCCAUCCCACUUCUGCCACCACCCAAGAAGCGCAGGAAAACGGUGUCCUUCUCAGCUCCUGGUGAGGAUGAAGGGACCUUGGAGAAGCCCCUGGAAUUGGCAUCCUUGAGUCUCCUAGCCCCACCGCCCCCACCUCCUCCUCCUCCUGUCCCCACAGAAGAAGCACAAUCUCCAUUAGUUCCUGUGGAACCCAUGCUACCACCCCAAGUGUCCUUAACCUCAGAUGCCCCAGUUCCAGUUAUCUGCCCCCUGCCUCCCACGGCCUCCCCGGUAAAGCUAGUGGCUCCUCCGAGCCGCAAGCGGGAGCCUCCAAAAGCCAGUCAAAGGACAAUCAGCAACCUGCCAGCAGACCACGCUUCUCUUGUGAAAUGUUGGUCAGAGGAUAUGCCAACCGGUCGGUCCCGAAACCGUUCUCGCUCCCGAAGCUCAGAACAUUUGAGGGUACCACAACCCCCAGAGGAAGAUAGACUGCUCAUACGCGAACAGAUGGGGGCUUCCUCACUACUGGAACUGGCGAAUCAGCCUGACCUGGCCGUAUUGGCAGAUGUGGCUCUCAAGAUGCCCACUGUUGCAGGCAGAGAGGACUUGGAGGAGACCUCAGAUGAAUCUCAGGAGCCGAAGCGUUUGCUUCUGCCGCCCGUGUUGUCCCUUGAAGUCAGCAGCAUCUUCAUGGAGCAUAACUACGCCAUGGCAGUCCGUGCAGCACCAGUAACUGUCUCCCGGAAACACGAUGAGGCAACACUGCUUGGUUCUGCUGACCUGUUGCAGAUGGACAUAUAUAAUGAGCACAUUGGUGAGGUUCUGGAGGCUCCUGAGGAGAUCGUGGCAGAUGCCAAUGAAGUCAGAACUGAAUCUGAAGUGGGCGAUUUUGUAGCACUGGCACCUCCACCUCCCCAAUCUCUUGAAAAGCCUAAGGUAACUGCUGUCCCAGAGCAGCAGCCGCCACAGAAGAAACCUCCACAUGGCCUAAAGGAGGAGGCCAUAAAGGAUCCAGGAGCAUUACUUUUUGGCCCAGAGAGUCUGUUCCCUUCUGAGAGUGAGGAGGAGGAGGAAGAGGAAGAGGAUGACGAGAGCCUUGACAGCAGUGACGAAGGGGAGAUUCGUAGGAGAUCUCUGCGCUCUCAUUCGCAUAAGCACACCCCUGCCCAGCCCCCACUUCCGUCCCCAGUCUAUGAGACACGCAGUGAAUUUGAACAGAUGACAAUCUUGUAUGACAUCUGGAAUUCAGGGCUAGAUUUUGAAGACAUGAAAUACUUGAGGCUGAUGUAUGAGCGCUUGCUGCAUGAGGACAAUAGUACAGACUGGUUGAAUGACACUCAUUGGGUCCAGCAUACCAUCACAAAUAUUGCAAAUCCCAAACGGAAGAGGAAAUCAUCUGACCUGCGGGAACAUCAAACAGGUUGUGCCCGUAGUGAGGGCUACUACCACAUCAGUAAGAAGGAGAAGGACAAAUACCUUGACAUGUGCCCAGUCACGGUGCAGCAGUUGGACCCCACUGAUACCCAGGGCACCAACCGUAUCUUGUCAGAACGACGAUCUGAACAAAGGCGUCUGCUGAGUGCCAUCGGCACCUCUGCCAUCCUCGACAGUGACCUUCUGAAACUUAACCAGCUGAAGUUCCGCAAAAAGAAACUUAGGUUUGGACGGAGUCGAAUUCAUGAGUGGGGCCUGUUUGCAAUGGAGCCAAUUGCUGCUGAUGAAAUGGUCAUUGAAUAUGUGGGGCAAAAUAUCCGCCAGAUGGUGGCUGAUAUGCGUGAGAAGAGGUACGCCCAGGAAGGUAUCGGGAGCAGCUAUCUUUUCCGUGUGGACCAUGACACAAUCAUUGAUGCUACCAAGUGUGGCAAUCUUGCUCGUUUCAUCAAUCAUUGCUGCACGCCCAACUGCUAUGCCAAAGUCAUCACGAUAGAGUCCCAGAAGAAGAUCGUUAUCUACUCCAAGCAGCCUAUCGGCAUCAAUGAGGAAAUUACAUAUGACUACAAGUUCCCAAUUGAAGAGAACAAGAUUCCCUGCUUAUGUGGCACAGAGAACUGUCGGGGGACCCUGAAUUGAAACAGAAGCCUGGCAUUCCUAUUUAUUUUGUUUGCUCACCCCAUUUUUCACCAGUAGUUUAGCAUCUCUUCCCACAGGGCUGCUGUGGGAAAGUUCUCAGUCGCCUUAAGACCCAUCUGGAAUCUUUUAGAAGUUUUCCAUUUGCCUCUCCUCGGGUUCCUAAUCAGUGAGAAAUUUCCUUUUCUUCCAAUUGCCUCUUUUACACUGGUGUUUCUGUCAUUUUUGACCCAACUCCAAAACAGGUAGCACCUAUUAAACACCUCUCCCUCCUUGUAUUAAGAACAGCUUUAAUCUUAAUUGCCUACACAUCAGUUCUGCUUUUAAGCUUGGCAAAAAAGUUUGAGUCUCCUGUUCAUUGAAGGGUACACUAAACAAAAUUGAUUCCCUUCGGUUUAAGGAUUUUCAGGUCAGUUAAUAAAGCGUUAGGAAUUGCAGGGUCCAAAGAAAACCCCAUGAAUAAUUUUAGACCAUUCAAUGUUCAAUGUUCUUGAAGGUCGUAAUGGUACACAUAGCUAAGAGUUAAUGAAUCCUUGAAAUUUUAUAGUUGAGUUUUUUAAACCAUUGGAUUCUUUUAUAAGACAUUCUACGUUUAUUGAGAUGUAUAUGAGAACAGUUCUGGAAGCAAAUUCUUUCCUAAGUGGACUUGUUCUGAUUUUCAGAGUUUUCCCUGAACCCUUGCUAGAUAUAGCCAAGAUUGCCCAGGGAUUAUCACUUCCCGGUCCCAUUUAGCUAUAUUUUUUACCAUAUGCAAAGAUUUGAAACUUUUCUGGCUUCGGAUGAUUUAUUCCUAAUUCCACCUGCCAUUUAUUCUUCCAACCACACACUUAAGGUUACAAUAGCAAAGAUUCUGAAAAGUAAUUGUAUGGCGCCAUUCAGAUCGAACCUCCCUUUUCUUGUGUCUGCCUUGCAAUAGGUAUUAAGAAGGAGGGGAAAAAAUCCAGAACCCACAUAAUUAAGGAAGCUGUUUCUUUCCUACAGUUACGACCUCAAUCAUCUGGCUCAUAGCAUAAACUUAGACCUUACCCUUACCCCCCUCCUUCCAUUUUUUUUUCUUAGGAGAAGAAAGUUGUGUAUAUAUAUCUAGUCCAGAUGGAUUGGCUGUUUCUUGUAGAAACACAUGUUUACCUGUAUGUAAAUAUUUUAUUUUUGUUGUCCACUUCAUACUGAAAAGAGAGCUGUAAAUAUGUUUCAUUGUAUUCCUUCUCCUGUUUUUAUCUAUAUUUGCAUUGUGCCACCUUUCUCUUUUAAUGCAACAUGGGAUUUUUUUAUUUCUUUUCUUAUCCUGGAGAAAAUGGAGUAUUGAAGCUCAGCAAUGCGUAUUUCAUUAACCACUUACAAUGGAGUCCAUUAAAACAAAAGACUUCAGGCACAUCAAGCUGUUUUAGCAGGGUUUAUUGUUUCUAAUAUGUCUUCUCACCAUUCUGGUUGUUUUUUGUGUAUGCUUCUGAAGUGCUGUACUGAGAUGGCUAAACAAGCUAAUCCCAUUUCUGGGAUAAGUGUUACCUAAUAACACCCACUAGAUUGUGUUGGUUUGUCAGCUCUCCACAGCCUGUUUUUUGCCCAUCCCAAUAACCUGAUAGCAGAGAUGAUCCUGUUUCGGUAGUAAGAAUAGGAACUGUAAACUAGAUUUUAAAGUGUUUCCCAUUGAUCUCUUCUUCCUGAAAAUGGCUCCUUCCUCAUAUUGUUAUUAUUCAGUGAAUAUGUUCAGAACAUGGUUUUAAUUAAAAUUUUUGUCAAUGUUUGAAAGCUAAUGAAGGAGAUAGUUAAAUGGCAUCUUCUCACCGCAUUAUAUGCUGGUCAGUGUUUUAUGCUGAAGGUGUCUUUCAUUUUGGUGGAAGUCGGCUCCAGUUUAGUUUGGGCCUUGGAGAAGAAACUUCUGCAUUUUGGGAUCUUUUUAAAUCUGGUUCUUUCGCAUAAUACUUUAGAUAAGUAUUAUCUAAAGUAAUACUUCCUCCCCGAAAAGAUUGUUUGGGGUCCUAAUUUUCUUCUAAUGGUCUUAACCAGCUAAAGAAGUGCGAGGAAGCCCAUUGUCUUGUUUAUAGGCUGCACCGAGCUUAAAGAGACCAAAGGAAAUUUUCAGGGGGGCUGAGGUUUGAAUUUGCAGUGGAAGCCUUGCAUAGACUUGCCAAACUCAGCUGGAUAACUUUUUGCUUCUCAUGUCAUGUGGUUUUGUUGUCUGCAUUUCCCCACUUGGAAUGUUCCUAAAUAUUGAAAAUAAGGAAGCUGCGGUCACCCAUUUUAGCAAGGAGAAGUGGAAAGGCUAAAUCACCUGAGAAAAAAGUAUGGUUGAAUGUGGAGAAGUGGUGUAAACAUUCACACAAAUAUGUAGCUUCAUAAUUGUCUUGGUCCUAAACCACCAAUCUCUUUAGGUCCUGUUUUGCUGCUGGGGGCUGACUCUGAUAUCACAUUCUGUUUUGUUUUAACUAUAUCCUUCCAGAUAUUUGUGUCUGGGUGAUUCUGCAGCUGCUUUUUGACUGGCCCUGAGACUUGACCGUAGAAACAAUUCCAACUAUUUCCCCCUUUUCUAUUUCUUACUUUCCAAAUGUGAUUUUCCUCUGCUCAGAUGGCUGCGCACUUGUACUAGGGGACAAACAUGUAACAUAGAUGACUAAAUUGUGAAUUAAAGCAGUUAUAGUUGGAAUCAUCCAUUCCAUCUAGCCUAUCCUUUAAGUCUCUGUGUGAAGUGGCAAAAUUUUGUCUUUGUUCUGAGAUGCUUUUCUUUGGGGUUUUGUUAUAAAUACCAAUCCUUGGGCCAGUUGGUUUUGAACAUCAUCGUGUAAAAUGUCUCAAGGAAUUAAGAGUUUUCAAAUUCCUCCUGAAUUGUGCAGUUAUUAUAUAAAGCCUUGAUAGCUUUUGCUUGAAACUAUGACAAGAUAAUAUCAGUUAAAUGUUACUCUGUUAAUUCCAAAAAAGCUGCCUCGCACACAUUCCUUUAGGGUUUAAAAAAUUUAGCUGCACAAUUUUCCUAAAUUGAGACGUUUCUUAAAAGCUGACUAAAUUGCACCAAAUUGUUAUGAUACAUCAAACUUCUGCUUUUUAUCAGAUUUAAAUAUUUUCCUCUGAAACGUUUUCAUCAAAGAACCACAGAAUAUUGAAUUCCUGUGUUUUGGAAAAAAGUGACCUUUUAAAAAGAAUCUGCCUCCUAUUUUAGACUUGCAGGUAAAAUCCUACUAGGGCUAGUCAGAGGAUUACUGGGAAAAAUUAUUUGCAGGUAAAAUCCUACUAGGGCUAGUCAGAGGAUUACUGGGAAAAAUUAUUUGCAUCAGCAAGAAUAUGCUAAAGAAUUUUGCUCAGUGGGUUUUAUUGCAAUAUUUCAUCAGUUUUAGUUUUUUUUUAAAUUUAAAUAGUGAUGCAAUAGUCAUGCAAAAAAAGUAAUAAUAAUCCACACUGUUUUUCUGCAUAUAUGCUAGCCUGAGUGUUCCAGAUGCUCAAUUUAUUUACGCACGGUGGCUAGUUUUCUAAUUGAUCAUGUACUUACAAUAGCCAUCAUAUGUUCAAGAGAUGUCAUCCUUCACUUGCCUUCCAGUUAAUUACAUAUGUGCCUUUUUAUGUUAGUGGGAAGUUACUCUCACCUGUUCAUUGUGAAAAGUAGAUAUUUUGGUUCCAGUGUGUGUGUCCCUUUUUGCCAAAAUCUACAUUGUCUCAACUGAGCUACACAAUCACCUCUACAGUGGUAAUUUCCUGCAUCCAUGUUAGCCACAUACCUCCUGCUAGAAUGGAUGAGAUCGUUUUAAAUUUUAAAUAAAGCAAUGAAAUCUGUGUAAAUUAUAUGUGUUAAUAAAUCCCUGGAUUUGGCCUCUCUCUCUCUCUCUCUCUCUCUCUCUCUCUCUCUCUCUCUCUUUCUUGCUUUCUUUCCUUUCUUUUUUUUCUCUCUCUCCUUUCUCCUUUUUUCCCUCUCUCUUUCCUGACUCCUUACAAACUUGUAAAGCUCAAUGUUUUAUUACUCAUUUUCUUUAUAUGUGGGAUUUUUUUUCCUGUGUACAUAUAUGUAAAAAGAAAACAAGAAAAAA